AGGAAAAAAAAAAAAAAAAAAAAAAAUGAAUGAAUGAAAAAAAUUUCGAAUCUCUAAGCUUUCUUCUGAAAGACUGAAACCCAUUUCAGUUGCUUCUUAAUUCGCUUUUUCUUGUUUUAAUUCUCAUAUUUUCCUCAAUUUCUUCUUGAAUUUUUGUAUAAUUUUCGCGUUUUGUUCUGCAUUGAUAUUCCUCUGGACACUGUUGAAACAAUUCGAUGAGCUAUCGAAGGGAUCAUCGAGCCACUAGAUCAGCUCUCUUUGAUAACUAUGACAGUAUUGAGGAAGGUGGCAUCACGGCUUCACAUUCUUACUCCCAUGACAUGGAUGAACAUGAUAAUGACAAAGCUGUGGACAACUUGCAAGAUAGAGUCACCUUUUUAAAGAAGCUAACAGGAGACAUACAUGAGGAGGUGGAAAGUCAUAACCGAAUGCUAGACAAAAUGGGGAAUGGGAUGGAUUCAUCAAGAGGAGUCAUGUCAAGGACCAUGGAUCGCUUCAAGAUGGUGUUUGAGAAGAAAUCAAAUCGGAAAACAUGCAAGCUUGCUGGAUGGUUUGUGCUUUCCUUCUUUUUGAUAUACUAUAUUUUUAGGUUUCUCAUGUAUUUUAUGCACGGUUGAAAGUGGAACUGACUAUCCUGCUAUACCAGAGUUGAUAUAUGGCCUAUGAAGAUAAUAGAAGUAUAGUUUUGCUCUCGGGGUUGACAAUUUCAACCAGCAGAGGAAGUUUGAGAUAUUAUUUUCUUGCAAAAUUUCUGUGUUCAACCAAAGGGGUUAUUGUUAGAUUAUAUAUACAGUGAGGGAAUUCUGUCUGCUAUGCCGAAGAUGGCGUUUUUUGCAGUGUGAUAAUCACUGUUGAUAACUGUUGAACGCUCGUUGUUAUUACUCGUGAAAAUUGUAUUGACAGUGAUGGAAGUGUAUUUGUUGGGUAGGGAUAAUUUUAAUCACAAACUACAGGAAUGAUCUUUCUUUUGA